AUGGCCGAAGUGGCCGGCACCAUUGUUGGUGUCAUAUCGCUUUCCCUCCAGUUGUACGACAAACUCUCCGAGUACACCAACGGCGUCAAAGACGCGAAAAAGAAGGCUGGACAGAUUACCCGCGAACUGGACACACUGGUGGAUCUACUCGAGUAUCUGGAGACCGCUACUAGCAGGAUGGACCCUACGACACCUAUCGCGUUAGUUAAAGCUAUCAUACAGCAAUGCGCGCUCUCCAUAGAGUCGAUUAGGACGAAAGUCGGAGAUGAUCCUCCUUCGACGAAUUCCAGCAGAUUAUCGACCCAGUCGCGAAGAUUGAUUAAGAGGCUGGCAUAUCCGUUCAAAGAAAGCGAUAUCAAGUACUGGAGAGACGCUUUGAGCAGUAUUCGACAGAAUUUGCAGAUUGCUUUACAGGCGUUAGAAAUGUAA